AUGACUCUUAGUCGGCCUGGAAAGAUAGCGGAUGAGAAUAAGGGAUGCAUCACACAGAUUUAUUUUCUUAUACUCUUUGCAGUGUUGGACUUUUGUCUCCUGACAGUGAUGGCCUAUGACCGGUUUGUGGCCAUCUGCCACCCCCUGCACUAUAUGAUCAUCGUGAAUCCCCGGCUCUGUGGACUGCUGGUUCUGGUGUGCUGGAUCAUGAGUAUCCUGAAUUCCUUGUUACAUUGCUUAAUGGCAUUGAGGCUGUCCUUCUGUGCAAACUUGGAAAUCCCCCACUUCAUCUGUGAACUCAACCAGAUGAUCCAACUUGCCUGUUCCGACACCUUUCUUAAUAACAUGGUGAUGUAUUUUGCAGCUGUCCUGGUGGGGGUUGGUUCUUUCCUCGGGAUCCUUUACUCAUAUUCUAAGAUAGUGUCCUGCAUACGUGGAAUGUCAUCAGCUCAGGGGAAGUACAAAGCAUUUUCUACCUGUGCGUCUCAUCUCUCGGUUGUCUUAUUAUUUUAUUGUACAGUGCUAGGCGUGUACCUCGGCUCUGCUGCUAUCCAGAGCUCACAUUCAACUGAAACUGCCUCAGUGAUGUACAUUGUGGUCGCACCCAUGCUGAACCCCUUCAUCUACAGUCUAAGGAACAAGGACAUCAAACAGGCUCUGAAGACAUUCUUUGUGAAGGAAACUACAAAUAGGCCAGUUUGA